UUUACGCUUUGAAGUCCAAACUAGCUUACUGUGUUGCUCCUUUUUCGACAUCGUUGAGUUUUUCCGAGGCCGCCACAGGUUCGUGUUAAUUCAUAACAAAGAUUUUCGAUUCGGUCCCGGUUGCUCUCAAGCCGCGGGGAUGUCCGUUGUAAGCAACAAAGCUCUCCACGAGCAGCUGUCUAUCAUCAUGGGGGCACUGACCAAAGCGGCGGUGGUGGAGAUCUGCGAGGUGGUGGACGAAGGCUACGCGGUGCUGCAGAUGGAGAUCUGCCGGAGCCACAAGGAGAACGAGGACCUGAAGAAGAAGCUACACCUCAUCGAGUCCAUCGUGGUCCGGGGCAGCGGUGGGGAGCAGGCGCUAGCGGGGGAAAGUGAGCUAGUGGAGGUCGAACCGUCCGCUGAGAUGGGUCGGCAGGCGGAUUCGCCGCAGCAACAGCGGGACGGUGGCCGAGGGGAAGCGGCGGAUGUCCCCGCAGGGGACGGAGAGGCAGUCAGAACUGGCCGGGUGAAGCGGAAGGAGGAGCUUCCAGAUGUGGUUCUGAUUAAAGAUGAAGACUCUGACAGCAGCGACUCUGAGGAAGCUAACACCAAGCCUGCUGAUGGAACUUCGUCUGCGGUCAGUGAAGGCGUCGCAUCUGCUGUGAUCGGCCGGCGGAGGAGGCGGCGUAGUCAUGGAAAUGAAGAUGCAGAGAGGCCGUCAUCCUCCGAGCAGCUGGAGAUAAAAACAUCCAGACUCCUUGCAGGGACACAGUCCAAGAUGUCCGUCUACACGCUGGACUCCCCUCAAGGCGAGCCAGGCUGCUCCGGUCAGCUCACCGAGGCCGACGAGGCCGUUUGCUCAUACUCGUCGACGAUGGAUCCAGAUGUCCAUCUGGUCCAGGACUGCUCGCUGGUUUCCCCGAGCUCCAGCAGGAAGGUAUAUUUCAGUAGUUCCAUGAUGGAGGACCAGUCUCCAUCCAGCAGAGUAGAACUGGAUCUGAAUGCCGACGCGUCCUGGACCAAACAGUCCAAAGGUCUGAGUUACCCUCAGUUUCACCAGAGUGAAAGCAUGGACGGCGAUGCUUUCGGGCUGAAGCUGAUCAGCAUCUCUGGCUCCGCCUCCACAGACUGCCAGCUGUCCAGCAGCAGGAGCUCUGUCUUGGAGUAUGAAAACGGCGGGAACAUGAUGAACUUUGGCCUCUACCGGGACCAGGCGGGCCCAUCCCAGCUCCCCCCUGGGUCCCUGAGGAAGCGCUUUGCAUGCUCCAUCUGCAGCAAGACGUAUGCCAACGCCCAAAACCUGGAGGUCCACACCAGGAUCCACACUGGCGAGCGGCCGUUCAGCUGCGACCAGUGCGGCAAAAAGUUCACCCAGUCGGCGCACCUCAGGUCGCACCUGAACAUUCACUCUGGCGAGCGGCCGUUCGUCUGCACGGUCUGCUCCAAGAGCUUCAUCGUCAAAUACAGCCUCAAGCUGCACAUGAAGAAGUACCAUCCCAACUCCUGAGCCCACAGCAGUCGCUCCAGCCCGUGGACAGUCUGAAGGUCCAGAGUCCCAUCCGUACAGGAGGGAAAUUAUCCAAGACUGAUUAAAUGAUGAGAAUAAUUUAAUAUUUUUACCGUUUUAAUGAUUCAUGAUCUUUUUAUGAUUUCAGAUAUAAUCUGCUGCUCUUAACUAAAAUAACUUGUAGGGUUUUGACUUUAUUUAAUGGACUAAAUGAGAUGUUCAAAGACACAUGGGAAACGUGGGCACUUAGCAGUGAACUAAAGACCAAAUGAGGAGCUGCUGGUGAAAACUUAAAGAGCCAUGUCACUAAACAGAUGAAAACUGUAAAAACAGUGUACAGUAACGGUUGUUUUGCUCAAUAAAACCAGUUCAGAAGUUUU